CAACACUGCAAAUUACUUGUGGCUAAUGGCGUAAACGAUGAAGUGCAAACAUAAAUAAUUUCAACUAGGUAUAAUUUUGGUUUUUAUAUAAUUUUUAUUUACUUUAUAUAUUGAAUAACGUUUAUGAAAUAUUUUAUAUAAUAACCGUUUUGAAAUUAUUGUUAAUGUUUUCAAUAUGUCUAAAAACAAAAUAGUGAGAUCGUGUGACACCAAAAUUGAAGUGAAAAGUAAAUUUGAUGCAGAAUUCAGAAGAUUUAAUGUGGAACGAAAUUCUCAAGUAAAAUUUGAAGAGUUCAGAUUGCUUAUAGAAAGCUUACAUGCCUUGAAAGAUACGCCAUUUUUAGUUUCAUACAUAGAUCCUAGUGAUCAAGAUUUGCUUCCUAUAAAUAAUGAUGAUAAUCUCAGAAGAGCACUCUUUAAUGCUAAACCAUUGCUAAGAAUUAUUAUACAAAGAAAAGGGAAUAGUUUGGAGGAGUUAAAUGGUUAUGGGACACUUAAACCUAGAAAUUUAAUAUCUACAAUAUUAGGAGGCACCCCAGCUAAAACUAAGACUCUUCCUAUAUCAAAUCCACAUGAUUUUAGACAAGUUUCUGCUAUUAUAGAUGUAGAUAUUGUGCCUGAAACCUGCCGAAGAGUUAGGUUAUUGAAACAUGGAUCUGACAAACCGUUGGGGUUUUAUAUAAGAGAUGGAACAAGUGUAAAAGUAACACAAAAUGGGCUUGAAAAAAUCCCAGGAAUCUUCAUAUCUCGUUUGGUUCCUGGUGGUCUUGCUGAAUCUACGGGAUUAUUGGCAGUAAAUGAUGAGGUCCUUGAAGUAAAUGGUAUUGAGGUGGCCGGGAAAACAUUGGACCAAGUAACAGACAUGAUGGUGGCCAAUAGUUCAAAUCUAAUUGUAACUGUUAAACCAGCUAAUCAGAGGACACUAGGUCCUCCUAGACGGGGCAGCUUUGGCAGAAGUUCACAUAUGUCUAGUGGUUCCCAUCAAUCAAAUACCACUGCAGGAUCUGAUCCAGAAGAUAAAUUUGAUCAGGAUGAAAUUGUAGAUUUUACAGCUAUUAUGAAUAUAGAAGAAACCCAAACAUCAAAAGAUGAUGGAAUACUUCAUCUAUGAUUAUCAUAAGACUUCGCAACUGUACAUUCCAGAAUUGAUGGCAAUUAUCUUAAAUAUUUAUAAGGAACUGUGAGACUAGGUAUUUUUUAUAUCAGUAUUUAUAGCAUAUCCGUCCCAAUUGUGCCUCUCUUAAUUCAUCAUCUGAGAAUUUUUCGAAUAGGCAAUAAUACAUUUUUUAAAUUGAGACGGGAGGGGAAAUACAUUUUUUUCGGCUAGCAAUGCACAGUAUUAAGAGGAAACUUUGAUAGUAUUGACGGGCAUCAUUUGUCAAUAUUGAUUUUUAUUUAAAAACAUAUCUGUUUAAUUUAUUUUUAAACAAUUAUAGUCAGUUUUUUUUUUUUUUCAAACAUUCGGA